UUUGCGUCACGUCCGCCCCGCCCGCUGCCACUUGUGGCUUUGCCGCUCUAGCCCCCGGUGGAGCCAGCUGCUGCUCUCCGGUGCCGGCCGCGGUGCCUGCCCCGUUGCCCAGGGAACGGGCUCCCGGCAGCCUCCGCGGCCCGGAGUCCAUCCCCGCCUCCUCCGGCCCGGCUGGGCCGACGAGUCCGGAGGGGCUGCCGCGGGAGCCCCCAGGUUUCCCUAGAUGACAAAUAAACAUUCCUUUUCCUGCCUGAAGAUCAUCUGUGGGAACCUUGGCCAUGGCAUCGAUAUCUGAGCCUGUUAUAUUCAGAGAGUUCUGCCCGUUGUACUAUCUUCUCAAUGCCAUUCCGACAAAGAUCCAGAAGGGUUUCCGUUCUAUUGUGGUCUACCUCACGGCCCUCGACACCAAUGGUGACUACAUCGCGGUGGGCAGCAGCAUCGGCAUGCUCUAUCUGUACUGCCGGCACCUCAGCCAGAUGAGGAAGUACAACUUCGAGGGGAAGAUGGAAUCUAUCACUGUGGUGAAGCUGCUGAGCUGCUUUGAUGACCUGGUGGCAGCAGGCACAGCCUCUGGCAGGGUUGCAAUUUUUCAACUUGUCUCUUCAUUGCCAGGGAGAAAUAAACAGCUUCGGAGAUUUGAUGUCACUGGUAUUCACAAAAAUAGCAUUACAGCUCUGGCUUGGAGCCCCAAUGGAAUGAAAUUGUUCUCUGGAGAUGACAAAGGCAAAAUUGUUUAUUCUUCUCUGGAUCUAGACCAGGGGCUCUGUAACUCCCAGCUGGUGUUGGAGGAGCCGUCUUCCAUUGUGCAGCUGGAUUACAGCCAGAAGGUGCUGCUCGUCUCUACUCUGCAAAGAAGUCUGCUCUUUUACACUGAAGAAAAGUCUGUAAGGCAAAUUGGAACACAACCAAGGAAAAGUACUGGGAAAUUUGGUGCUUGUUUUAUACCAGGACUCUGUAAGCAAAGUGAUCUAACCUUGUAUGCAUCACGGCCUGGGCUCCGACUAUGGAAGGCUGAUGUCCACGGAACUGUUCAAGCCACAUUUAUCCUAAAAGAUGCUUUUGCCGGGGAAGUCAAGCCUUUUGAACUGCACCCGCGUCUGGAAUCCCCCAACAGGGGAAGUUGCAGCUUACCUGAGAGGCACCUGGGGCUUAUUUCCUGUUUCUUUCAAGAAGGCUGGGUGUUGAGUUGGAAUGAAUAUAGUAUCUAUCUCCUAGACACAGUCAACCAGGCCACAAUUGCUGGUUUGGAAGGAUCCGGUGAUAUUGUGUCUGUUUCAUGCACAGAAAAUGAAAUAUUUUUCUUGAAAGGAGAUAGGAAUAUUAUAAGAAUUUCAAGCAGGCCUGAAGGACUAACAUCAAUAGCGAGAGAUGGUUUGGAGGUGUCCGGAUGCUCAGAGCAAGUCCACGUGCAGCAAGCAGAGAAGCUGCCAGGGACCACCAUUUCUGAGACGAGGCUCAGAGGCUCUUCCGUGGCCAGCUCCGUGGCCAGUGAGCCAAGGAGCAGGAGCAGCUCACUCAACUCUACCGACAGUGGCUCUGGGCUCCUGCCCCCUGGGCUCCAGGCCGCCCCUGAGCUGGGCAAGAGCAGCCAGCCUCCCUCGCAGAGAUUCAACACCAUCAGCUCAGAGGACUUUGACCAGGAGCUUGUCGUGAAGCCUAUCAAAGUGAAAAGGAAGAAGAAGAAGAAGAAGACAGAAGGUGGAAGCAGGAGCACCUGUCACAGCUCCCUGGAAUCGACGCCCUGCUCCGAGUUUCCUGGGGACAGUCCCCAGUCCUUGUUGUCCAUGACCUCAAGUGUCCUGGGCAGUAGCGUGGAUCAGUUAAGUGCAGAGUCUCCGGACCAGGAAAUCGGCUUCAGUGGUGAGGUGAACGGUGUCCUGCGGGAAAAUACUGACUCCAAAACGUUUAAUAUCCUGGAGGUGUCAGAAUCUGUGCCUGAUUCACUGGCUGAGGAAGAUGCCAUUAGAAUGGAAAUGCCACACUGUCACCACACACAUGGGCGGGAGCUGCUCAAUGGAGUGUCAAAUUCACCCUUGCUCCCGGGAGAUGUGGGAGGCAACGAUGUCACAGGACUUGAAGAUGAGCCUUGUCUUGCAGGCGAUGAACAAAAUAGCACACAGUUCCCCUUCCAAGAACUGGACAGCUCUCCUGGGGCACAUGAUGGGGAAGACAUCCAACCUUUCGGCUCCCAAAGCACUUUUUGUGAAGCUCCCCUCCUGAACUCACUCAUGGUGCCUUCCAGCCUCAGCUGGGCCCCAAGUACUGAGCAGUGGCUGCCUGGGACCGGAGCUGAUGAAGGCAGUCCUGUGGAGUCCAGCCAAGAACAGGAUGUCCUAUCCAGCGUGGGGGCCUCUGGCCACCUCAGCGCAAAUCUCUGGCAUGCUGUCACUGAUGAUGACACAGAUCAGAAAGAAACACCUGUUUCUGAACGUGACUUGGUGAGUGUGGGAGGACAGUUGACUCCAGUCUCUGCCUUGGCGGCCAGCACUCACAAGCCUUGGCUUGAGCAGCUUCCACGGGAUCAGGUAUUGACAUCCAGUGAUGAGGAGGACAUCUAUGCCCAUGGGCUUCCUUCUUCAUCCUCAGAGACGAGUGUGACAGAGCUUGGACCUAGUCGCUCCCAGCAGGACCUGAGCCGGCCAGGUGCAGAUGAUGCUGGGCUGCUCAAGUCAGAUCAGUUUGCAGAAAGCUGGAUGGGCUACUCGGGUCCUGGCUAUGGCAUCCUCAGCUUGGUGGUCUCCGAGAAGUAUAUCUGGUGCCUGGACUACAAAGGCGGCCUGUUCUGCAGUGCCUUGCCGGGCGCUGGGCUGCGCUGGCAGAAGUUCGAAGAUGCUGUCCAGCAGGUGGCAGUCUCGCCCUCAGGAACCCUGCUCUGGAAGAUUGAACAGAAAUCUAACCGGGCUUUUGCUUGUGGGAAAGUCACCAUCAAGGGGAAGCGGCACUGGUAUGAAGCCCUGCCUCAGGCAGUGUUUGUGGCCCUGAGCGAUGACACAGCCUGGAUCAUCAGGACGAGCGGGGACCUGUACUUGCAGACAGCUCUCAGCGUGGAUCGCCCCUGUGCCAGAGCCAUGAAGGUGGACUGUCCCUACCCCCUGUCCCAGAUCACAGCCCGGGACAACGUGGUGUGGGCGCUGACGGAGCAGAGGGCCCUCCUGUACCGGGAGGGCGUGAGCAGCUUCUGUCCGGAAGGCGAGCAGUGGAAGUGUGACAUUGUCAGUGAAAGGCAAGCUUUAGAACCCAUCUGCAUAACGCUUGGGGAUCAGCAGACACUCUGGGCCCUGGACAUCCGUGGGAACCUGUGGUUCAGAACUGGCAUUGUUUCCAAGAAGCCACAAGGAGAUGACGACCACUGGUGGCAAGUGAGCAUCACAGACUAUGUGGUGUUUGACCAGUGCAGCUUAUUUCAGACAAUAAUCCAUGCCACUCACUCGGUGGCCACAGCAGCCCAAGCCCCCGUAGAAAAGGUGGCAGAUAAGCUGCGCAUGGCAUUUUGGUCCCAGCAGCUUCAGUGCCAGCCAAGCCUUCUCGGGGUCAAUAACAGCGGCGUCUGGAUCUCCUCGGGCAAGAAUGAAUUCCACGUGGCUAAGGGAAGUCUCAUUGGCACUUACUGGCAUCAUGUUGUUCCCCGUGGGACAGCUUCUGCCACAAAAUGGGCCUUUGUGUUGGCUUCUGCGGCUCCCACAAAGGAAGGGAGCUCCCUGUGGUUGUGCCAGAGCAGCAAGGACCUAUGCAGCGUCAGCGCCCAGAGUGCACAGUCACGGCCCUCUACAGUGCAGCUGCCUCCCGACGCCGAGAUGCGCGCCUACGCCGCCUGCCAGGAUGCACUGUGGGCGCUGGAUAGCCUCGGCCAGGUGUUCAUCAGGACGCUCUCCAAGAGCUGCCCCACGGGCAUGCACUGGACCAGGCUGGACCUCUCCCAGCUAGGAGCUGUAAAGUUGACAAGCUUGGCAUGUGGAAAUCAGCACAUCUGGGCCUGUGAUUCCAGGGGUGGAGUCUACUUCCGUGUAGGGACUCAGCCUCUCAAUCCCAGUCUCAUGCUUCCAGCCUGGAUAAUGAUUGAGCCACCUGUCCAGCCCUCCGGGGUCAGCUUGAUCAGCGUCCAUUCCAGCCCCAACGACCAGAUGCUGUGGGUGCUGGACAGCAGGUGGAACGUGCAUGUGCGGACUGGGAUCACCGAGGAGAUGCCUGUGGGGACCGCCUGGGAGCACGUGCCAGGGUUGCAGGCGUGCCAGCUGGCGCUGAGCACCAGGACUGUGUGGGCCCGCUGUCCAAACGGAGACCUCGCCCGGCGGUAUGGCGUCACAGACAAAAACCCCGCUGGAGACUACUGGAAGAAAAUUCCCGGCAGUGUGUCGUGUUUUACAGUGACUGCGUCAGAUGAGCUGUGGGCUGUGGGCCCGCCCGGCUACCUCCUCCAACGGCUGACAAAGACGUUCAGCCACUCACAUGACGCCCAGAAGAGCAGCCAGGCUGCCAUGCCCCACCCCGAGGACCUGGAGGACGAGUGGGAGGUCAUCUGAAGGAGCCCUGGCAGAGUGAGCAGAGGGUCCAGGCGUCUGUGGUGGGCACAGUGGCUUCCGAGUCACUCCCUGGUGGACAUGCUGCUUCGAAACUUGUCCAGGCACCUGUGGCCAGGUUGGACCCACACACUUACUUUGAUCCGUGUUGGUUUCUGUCUCGUUCCGGAACCCACAGCCUCCACCCAUGGCUGGAGCGACUGCUGCAGCGGUGGCGCCUCUGAGCUCGAUGUGGCGGCUGCACGGCCGCAGGUAUCCCAUGACCCGUCCUGCCAUCCUGGUCUCGCCCACAAAUAGCUCCAGUUUCUGUUGGUGGGAGUGGUCUCCGGAGGCCUCCCAGAGCCAGGGGCAGCGGGCAGACCUGUGAGCCCCCUGGGCAGCUGGGUUGGCCCAGGGACUGUUUCCACAUUAGCAGCCCCACGGCCAGAUGGAGCCAAAGUUCAGUGCUCUGCAGCGCUCGGCGAUGUGGGAUGUGCUCGGCGAUGGCUUUGUCCCGUCGUGAGACAAAGCCUCAGAGCACAUUCCACGCCAGACGCUCGGGCCGGGAAGCCAAGGCCGGGCUUGAGAGGAGAGCACUGGCCAUGCCAGGAGACAACACACGCACACCACAACACACCACACCGCAACACACCACACCACACCA